AUGGCCGGGCACUUAGUAAAUGUAAUGGCCGAAUGGGUACGAGCCAGGGAACUAUCGGAGCAGAGACAGGUUGAUAAGGCACUAUGGGCAGAUAUGGAAAAUGUAUUAAAGGAUUUUGUGGAUUACAUGGAAAAAAUAGAGGACCGAUUAGAAAUGUAUGCCACAAACUGUGAGGCUGCAGGUUGGACACGUAGAGGACGCGAGCACGAACAAACAAGAUAUACCGAUCAUUCAGUUGGGGAUGUCAUGAAAUGCAGACUCAUGGUUGGAGCAUUACAUUUUGUAACUGGGUGGAGCAAUCAACUGAAAAAGGAUAACGACCCAUCGCACAAUGAUACGGCCAUGAAGGCUAUUAUGAGGUGCCUCGUGGGCAAUGUUUUUGCGUAUAUAUUGGCUGAAAUAAAGUGUGGAUAUCAGUGGCUAGGACCAGACUGGGCAUGGCACACCAUGCAGGAGUUUGCUGAGGGCAGCCAAGACCCGUCUAAUCCAAUUUCAAGUGGAACAUGUACGCAAGACAUAUAUACGGGUAUUAAAAUAGGGAAAGGGAACUUACAGGAAGCGGUAAAAAAAUGGUUACAGAAAAGUCCAAAGAUAAGUGCUAGUAUAAAACAAAUAGAGCAGAACCCACAAUGCCACAUACCCUGGGCACAGUACAAGAGGCGUAUGCAACAGACAGGGCAAGAUGCAGACAUUUCCAGUAUAUUUCAGGAGACACAUAUGCAGGGGUUAGUAAAACAGCAGGUAACAAAAAUGUUUAAGACAAUUACCAAAACAGUAACAAGGGAGCACAGAAGGGUACGAAAUAGACCAGGGGGAGCCAUGAGAUCCGAGGAUAGUGCUGUUGAAUCUGCGGACGAGGAAGAGGACGACGACGAUGAAGAGCAGCAGAACGCAGAAGAGAACAUGAAGCACAGGACAGGUAACAGUGCGACUCCUAAGACUACGAAUACGAAUACUAAACCAAUGAGUCCAGCGCCGGGGCCAAAUGGAACAGAUGAUAAGAACAAGGACCAAGCACAACCGUCAAGCACACAAUCACCAGCAGUUUCAGGUACAGGUACAGGGGGAACUCCAUCACCACCAACAGGACAACCACGAUCAGAUGGCUCAGCAGCAGAGAACGGGGUCACAUCAGCAACAGUACCCGUACCACAACCGCCACCUGCGGCACCAUCAUCACCGAAAGCAGGGGACACGGCAUCCACGGAACAAAGCCCAGGUCGAGGACCAGGUCAGGCACCAGGACCUGGACAACAACCCCCGCAACAACCACUACCACCCCAGGGCCAUGCGCCUGAGGGCACCCAAGGCGGGCAGGAUGCAGACAACGCAGGUCAGUGCACACAGAGUUCCACCAGUACGAAUACGAACGGAUCCGGCGUUAGCAUCAGCCUCGGGUGCACUCCAGAUUCCGCGUGGGGAGUUCCCUCUAGUAUACCUCCAAAUCCCCCUGAUCCAGCGCCAGGUAUCAAUUUCUAUGCACCAUAG